UUUUUUUUUUUCUUUUUUUUCCUUUGGAGAAGCUAAUUUCCUUCAGCAAGUGGGGGGCCGGUGGAGAAAAUGAAGCUGAGUCCGCGAUUUUUCUUCGCUGGUUUUCUGUCUCUGAUUCUGCAGACGGGGCUUUGCUAUGGGAUAAAAUGGAUAGCUCUGUCCAAGACUCCUUCAGCUUUGGCCCUGAAUCAAACCCAACACUGCAAGCAGCUUGAAGGCUUGGUGGUUUCCCAGGUGCAGCUGUGCCGCAGCAACCUGGAGCUGAUGCAAACCAUCAUCCAGGCAGCCAGGGAGGUGAUAAAGACCUGCAGGAAAACUUUCUCAGACAUGAGGUGGAACUGUUCUUCCAUUGAGCUGGCUCCUAACUACCUCCUGGACUUAGAAAGAGGCACAAGGGAGUCAGCAUUUGUGUAUGCCCUUUCUGCUGCUGCCAUCAGCCACACCAUUGCCAGAGCCUGCACCACCGGGGACCUCCCUGGCUGUUCCUGUGGUCCCAUCCCAGGUGAGACACCUGGACCUGGGUAUCGAUGGGGAGGAUGUGCAGACAACCUCAACUAUGGUCUUAUCAUGGGGUCCAAAUUUUCAGAUGCUCCCAUGAAGAUGAAAAAAUCAGGAUCACAAGCCAAUAAACUGAUGCAUCUGCACAACAGUGAAGUAGGGAGACAGGUCUUGAAAGCCUCUCUUGAAAUGAAAUGUAAAUGCCAUGGAGUUUCUGGGUCAUGCUCUAUCAAGACCUGUUGGAAAGGCCUUCAAGAGCUGCGGGACAUUGCCUUGGACCUGAAAAACAAAUAUUUAUCAGCCACCAAGGUCGUUCACAGGCCCAUGGGCACACGCAAAUACCUGGUGCCCAAGGAUAUCGACAUCAGGCCGGUUAAAGAGACGGAGCUGAUUUACCUGCAGAGCUCCCCUGAUUUCUGCAUGAAGAAUGAGAAAGUGGGGUCACACGGGACUCAGGACAGGCAAUGCAACAAGACCUCCAAUGGGAGUGACAGCUGUGAUUUGAUGUGCUGUGGCAGAGGCUACAACCCCUACAUGGACAAAGUGGUGGAGCGAUGCCACUGCAAGUACCACUGGUGCUGCUACGUGACCUGUAAAAAGUGUGAGAGGACUGUUGAGAGAUAUGUGUGCAAAUGAAAGCCCUCAUAUCUCUGCCCGGGAGCUGAGAUGCCAGCCAAACCCCAGCACUAUUCAGAGAAGAGAAAACCUUUCCCUGACUAGGUGUUGUUUAUCUUGUAAAGAAACAGACUUGAAGAAAGAUGGUAGGAGGAAACAAACAAAACAAAAAUCUAUCACACCAGUUAAAAAAAAAAAAAAAAAGACCUUUAUAAAAUCCCAGCAAACCCACAAGUGUUUCCCCCCACCAAUAAGGUGCUCUCUGAGAAGAUAAAAACUCAUCUGGGAUGGUAUCUUCUUCCAAAAUAUUUCUCAUGGUUACCAAUGACGUCGGCCAUCAGGUGCCUUUGCCUUUUGAGAAAGAAAAGUAGAAACUUUCCCCAAGGAAGAAAAGAAUCUUCUGUUUGAAAAUAACUAAGACUUAGACUUGCCUAAGCCUUCUAGCACAGGUAUUGAGUCUACAUUAGGAUUGUCCCAGAAGGGAAAUUCUACAACUUUUCAGCAAUAACUGCCUUUGUUGCCAAAGACUUUAUUUUUAGCAUGGAAACAUCCAGUCCAGAUGAUAAAGGUGGAAAGAUUUCAGGUCAGUUCCCUGAAAUGAACAACUCAUUUUAACCAUUCUUUUAUGCAGGUCUAUGACUUUGAAGUUACUGCUGCAGGUAAAGCUGUCCAUGAUUUUUUUAGGCUGGAUGGGGUUUCAAAUUCAGCCAUGCAAAAACCCCCAUGGGAUCCUGGAGUGAGACUUGGGUGGCCUGAGAAGGGUUCACGAGAUUACAGUGGAGCUGUUAGGAUAAAAUAAAAUGAAGUUUAAAUCCAGUGGGAAAAUAAAAAUAAAGAAAAAACAAGCAAAAAAACCCCAAAACCCCCAACAAAACCAGCUCCUGCUCUCUUUCUCUCUUGCCCUUUGGGUGUGAUGCCUUUAGUCACCAGUGUUCUUCUGCAUUGGGCCAUCAACACUUUAGGGAAAGGAGCUGCUGUUUUUUCUUUCCCCUCCAGCAAAACUGUUGACCCAGCCCCAAGAAACUGCAGAAAGUGGAGUCAGAACGUGUCAGUCCUUCACGUGGCCCUGCCCUGACCCAGCAGAGAACCACUAUCUGUGGCUGUAGAUAUUUUCUUUUGUAUGCGGACAUACAGAAAUAUUUAUAAGAUAUAUCUUGUGCUUUCGUCUACUCUCCUUCCUACAUAAAUAUCUCUUUAUUAUUAUAA